AUGGCUUCGUUUAAAUUUAAUUUUUCGGGAGAAAGUGAAGAUGAAAAUCGUGAAAAUGGAGGCGAACUUAAGGAUGUGGAAUGGCUAGAUAGUGAAGAAGUAAUACCAAAUUCAAACGUAGACGAUCUCGAUGAACUGGUUGAACAUGCGAAGAUGUUUACAUGUGGAUGUAUAGAAAUUGGUCACGUAUUAAUAGACGAUAUAUUUAAACAUAAUAUAAAUAAGAAAAAUUAUGAAAAUAUACUUAACCUUGCUGAAAAAGAACAUAGUGAUCUUGUUUCUGGCAAAUAUGAAGGAGGUCUUAAAAUUUGGGAAUGUACUUAUGACUUGGUUGAGUACUUCGAAAAUAAUCCAGAUGCAAUAAACUUCAAGGAUAUGAAAGUUUUAGAUUUGGGUUGUGGUGCCGGAAUUCUAGGAAUAUAUGCAUUUUUAAAAGGAGCAACUGUUACAUUUCAAGAUUAUAAUAAGGAAAUACUAGAAUUAUCUACGAUAACUAAUGUCCUACUUAAUAUUGAAGAAUCGGGAAGAGAUUGCGGAAUUAAGAACUUCAAGUUCUACUCAGGAGACUGGGCUUCAUUUGAUAAACUGCUAGCAUCUGAGAAGUUUGAUAUAAUUCUUACUUCAGAAACAAUUUACAAUCAGAAUAAUUAUGAAAAACUCAUUAAGUUAUUCGAGAACAGGUUAAAUGUGAAUGGUGUUGUAUAUGUUGCAGCGAAAACAUAUUACUUUGGUGUGGGCGGAGGUACAAGACAAUUUGAAACAGCCGUACAUAAAAGUAGCUUGAAAUCUGAAGUUGUAUGGAAAACGAGUAGCGGUAUACAGAGAGAAAUUAUUAAAAUAACAAAUGCUUGA